AAGCAAUAUGCUUGAGGUCUCGGAAUUUUUCUUCGGCCAUUAAUACGCGUUUUCCUUUUAUGUUGAUUUUUGAGUGAAAGUCGUCAGCAAUGUAACAAUACAGUGCACCAAAUGGCGGUUCUCCAAGCGUACGAGGAAGAAAUUCAUGCAAGACAAAUUAUGGGAUUUGACGAGGGACCAGCUGUCUCUUUCUAAAUCUGUUGUCAUAGUUCACGUAAAUUCGAGCUGAAUGCGGGUGCUGUAUUUUCCGAAGGGUCGAACAUGAGUGAAGUCUUUGUGGUGAAAAAAAAGUCAGGCAUUUUGGUAAGAAGAGAAGCUGCAAAAAAAUAUUAGUCUAGAGGAAUAUUUUAAACGAGGAAGAGACCAACAGCAACUUCCAGAGAGGGAGUGAUUAUAACUACUACUAGUUCACCAAGAAACCUGCAGUUCAAAUUGGGGUUACUCUUAAAGUACACAUUUUUUCCAGUUGAAGGUUUGAUUCCAAAAAUAUAUUUUUGUGAGUGAAACAGGGUGUCAUAAGGGAUCACAUAAUAUUUGUAUGUUUUCUUAGAAUCAAGAAAUGAUUCUGAUUUGUCUUCGUAAUAUGGGUCCUGUUUAUGAUCAAAGGACAUGAAAAUUCUGCUGAGACUGGUGCGGGAUGGGAGUUAUUGGGGAGUACUUGGGAUAAAGGUUUAAGGUCUGCUGGUAAAAUAGUUGAGAGUGGUGGAAAAAGCACAAGAAAUGAGGUCUUUGGCCUUGACUCCGACGUGGUCUGUUGCUACUGUGUUGACGAUCUUUGUUGCCAUUUCUUUUCUCGUGGAACGAUCAAUCCACCGACUAAGCUCUUGGUUGCAGAAAACUAACCGAAAACCCUUGCUUGCAGCAGUGGAGAAAAUGAAAGAAGAGUUGAUGCUGCUUGGGUUUAUUUCUCUCCUUUUAACGGCUUCCUCAAGCAUGAUAUCCAAUAUCUGCAUCCCGUCGAAGUUCUAUGAUAGCAAGUUUGCUCCAUGCACCAUAUCAGUGCUUAAAGGGAAGUCAUCCCAGCACCGUAAUCUCUUGAUGGUUUCUGUUCUACCUCACUCGUUUAGGAGGAUGUUGAGUGACUUGAAUGAAAAAAAUACCUGCAGUAAGGAUCACGAGCCGUUUGUGUCGUAUCAAGGUCUUGAGCAGUUGCACCGGUUCAUAUUUGUCAUGGCAAUAACUCACAUAUCUUACAGCUGCUUAACAAUGUUGCUGGCAAUUGUGAAGGUUGUACAUUCUGUGAUUCAUAGUUGGAGGGUAUGGGAGAUUGAGGCUCACAUGGACCGGCAAGGUUCAUUAACUGAAAUCACGAGAGAGCAGACACUGCAAAGGCAAUCAGCAUUUGUCAAGUUUCACGCAUCAAAUCCUUUGGUCAGGAAUAGUUUCCUUGUCUGGGUGACAUGUUUCUUCCGGCAAUUUGGGCAUUCGAUGGUUCGUGCUGAUUACCUUACACUCCGUGAGGGCUUCAUCAUGAACCAUAAUCUCAAACAAAAAUAUGAUUUUCACGGCUAUAUGGUUCGCUCCAUGGAAGAAGAAUUUCAAAUGAUAGUUGGCGUGAGUGGUCCACUUUGGGGAUUCGUUGUUGCUUUCAUGCUGUUUGAUGUAAACGGGUCUAAUCUCUAUUUCUGGAUAGCAAUCAUUCCUAUUGCUCUUGUUCUUCUGGUGGGCACAAAACUGCAGCAUGUUAUUGCAACCUUGGCAUUAGAGAAUGCAGGUAUAACUGGAUUCUUCACAGGAGCAAAGCUAAGGCCUCGAGAUGAUCUUUUCUGGUUUAAGAAGCCGGAACUAUUGUUAUCCUUGAUCCAUUUUAUUCUGUUCCAGAAUGCAUUUGAAUUGGCUUCAUUCUUUUGGUUCUGGUGGCAAUUUGGGUAUAAUUCUUGCUUUAUUGGGAAUCAUUUGCUCGUGUAUACAAGGCUGGCUUUGGGGUUUGCUGGACAGUUUUUGUGCAGCUACAGCACCUUGCCUCUGUAUGCACUGGUUACUCAGAUGGGAACAAACUAUAAGGCAGCCUUAAUUCCUCAAGGGAUAAGAGAGACUGUCCACGUAUGGAGAAACAAAGCCAGGAGGAGAAGGCUUGGUAUUUUCACUGAUAACUCCACAGUACACACGGAUACAAGCACGGUAAUGUCAAUCGAGGAAGAUCGCGAGUUGCUUGACGAUGCCCCUGAAACCACCACUGGUGAAUUCACUGAGAUCGAGAUGCAACCAACUCCUGCAAGUGCAACCAACCUCUCUACAGUUGCUAAUGAAACCUCAAGCAGAGUAGUUGCACCCCUCCUUCAAUCCUCUGCUUCAGUUUCUUCAUCGGUUACAUUGUCUUCCAGGACAGAAGGUAUUCCAAGAUCUUAUUCUCUGCCAACCCGAAGAUAAUGAAGCAAUUAUCAAUGACGAUGAAGAAAAGAGAAGCAAACGAUAUCAUGUAUGAGUUUAGGCUUUAUUUGGAUUUCAGAUGUGUGUAGAUCCUUCCCUAUAGUAAUCUUCCUCCCAUAGUAGAAGCUCAUAGAACAUUGCAAGAUAUAAGCUGUAUCAUAGUGGAUGUCAACAUACAAGAUUUUGAUUUAACAAAUUAGGGAAACUCAGAAUGUAAACUCGCAUAAUGAUCGUGUCAGGUUCUAGUU